UUGGUCUAAUUAUUAUAGUAUUCUCUUAUUUCUUGUAACAUGCAGAACUACCUACUUGGCUUAGUGAUUCUACUUCACAGUUUACACAUUGUACAUUCAGAAAGGCAAUUCUUCGUUGCCAAAAUAAAUGGAGAACAUCAGCUAUUAGAAGUAGACCUUAAUGAUUCAGCUGGAUAUGCGAAGCUUGAUGAAGGAAAGAAUGACGAUUCUCGUGGAUAUGGUCAGACUAAUGAUGCUUUAGGAAAGGAACAAGAAGGAAAUCGUAGUGUCACAGAAGGUCUUGAAGAAACUGAUUCUGUUACAGAGGGUCCUGAAGGAAAUUAUACUGUUACAGAAGGUAUUGCAGGAACUGAAUCUGUUACAGAGGGUCUUGAAGGUAGAGACACUGUUACAGAGAAUAUUGAUGGAAAUUAUACUGUUGCAAAGGGUCCUGAAGGAAGUGAUACUGUUACAGAGGGGCCUGAAGGAAAUGAUACUGUAACUUAUGGUCCUGACGGAAGUGACGCCAUCUCUGAGGGUCCUGAAGGAAGUAAUACUGUUUCUGAGGGUACAGGAGGAAAUGAUACUAUUACUGAGGGUACUGAAGGAAGUGACACUGUUUCUGAGGGUCCUGAAGGAAGUGAUAGUGUUACUGAGGGUACAGGAGGAAGUAAUACUAUCUCUGAGGGUCCUGAAGGUAGUGAUACUAUUACUGAGGGUCCUGAUGCAUCUAUGAGUAGUAACACAACAGGAAGUACUGAGGGUAGUAACUCAACAGAAAGUUCUUAUACCGGAAGAAAUGCAACAGGAAGUGCAGAUGGGCAGCAGAUGGAAAGCAGUAAUGCAACAGGAAGUGCAGAUGGGCAGCCAAUGAAAAGCAGUAAUGCAACAGGAAGUGCAGAUGGACAGCCAAUUGAGAAAGGAGUUGGUACUAAUACAACCGAGAGUGUUGAUGGUGGUGCAUAUCCUGGGGAUAAUGCAACAGCACUUGAGGAAGGUAACACUGGGAUUGGUAAUAAUACGGAGACUGAUACUGAAGAAACUGAAGACGGUGGUGAGGAGGAAGAUGCUGAAAGUGAAGAUGAAGAGGAUGAAGAGGUUGAUGGCGAAGAUAAUGAAGAAGAGGAAAGUGAUGAUGAAGCAGAUGGUUCUGAAACAGGAGGAGAAGAUGAAGCAGAUGCUGCAGAACAAAAAGGAUAUGCUGGCAGUGAAGGGGAGACAUAGUUAAUGGUGAUGAUUACAAUGAUGUGGCAUACGUGUUUGUUGACAGUAUUGUUGUAAAAUAAAAUAAAAAUAUCAAUAAAAACCAUA